AUGGAAAAGGAAGUAAUCAUCUCGAGUUCCGCGCCAUCCCUUCAGAACAUUGACAUCCAUAUUACCUCGGCGAGGUCAGAUUCAUGCGCCGACUCUGCUCGAAUACCCUCUGCAAAGCCGGAAACGAUAGCAAAAGUGAACGACGAGAGGAACACAGAAUAUCCAGGAGGCAUGAAGCUGGCAUUGAUCGUAGCCGCAGCUUGCUUCAGUGUCUUCCUAAUGGCUCUUGAUAACUGCAUCAUCGCAACAGCCAUUCCUCGCAUUACCGAUGAGUUCGAUAGUUUGAAGGAUGUCGCAGGCAUCUUUUCUGGGGCUCUCAUUGUUCUCGCCCAUAGUAUUCCUCUAAAGAAACGUCCUAUUUACACUGGGAUUGUCAGUAGCAUGUGGGGCAUCUCUUCCGUCGCUGGGCCUCUGCUCGGUGGCUUCUUUACUGACAAUUUGACCUGGCGGUGGUGCUUCUACAUAAACCUCCCAAUUGGAGCAGCGACAGUUUUCGUCAUCAUAUUGUUCUUCCCGGACCCCAUACGUUCCAUCUCUCAAGAGACUUGGCGUACACGUCUAGUCCAAACGGAUCCUCUCGGCAAUAUCCUCUUUAUGCCAUCGGUUGUUUGCCUUCUCCUAGCUCUUCAUUGGGGUGGAGUUAUGUACCCCUGGUCCUCGACUCGUAUCAUUGCUUUGUUCGUAGCCUUCGCUAUAGGCAUGCUGGGAUUUAUAUAUCUGCAAUACCUCGGCCAGGAGAACGCCACGGUACCACCUCGUAUCAUUAAGAAGCGUACUGUCUGGUCUUGUUCAUUCUUCUCCUUCGCCUUGGGCGCUGCAUUUCUCCUGUCAGUCUAUUACCUACCCAUAUGGUUCCAGUCUGUUCAGGGCGUCUCUGCCGUCAAUUCGGGUGUCAGGAACCUACCGAUGCUAGUCGGUAAUCUUGUCUUCUCUCUUGUUGCUGGCGCUGCAGUUACAGUAUGGGGGUACUACACGCCCUUCAUGCUACUUAGUUCUGUCCUCAUGAGUAUCGGUUACGGGCUUUUAUCCACCAUCAGCCCUGAAUCACCAUGCGCGAUGUGGUUCGGGUACCAGAUCAUUGCUGGCGCCGGUGUGGGAGUUGGGAUGCAGCAACCCCUCAUUGCGGUACAGGUUGUGCUCGACAUGCCCGAUGUGCCAACGGGGACCGCCAUCGUUAUCUUCGCUCAGCAAAUCGGCGGUGCCAUUUUCGUCGCCAUUGGGCAGGCGGUGUUCACCAAUGGGCUAAUAGAGCGUCUGCUGCAGCACAUUCCCAGCAUCAACUCGCACUCCGUCAUUGCCACUGGUGUCACAGCCAUCCGCAAGACGAUAGAUUUGGGGCUUCUUCCGACCGUUGCACAUGCCUACAGCGACUCUUUGGUACAAACACUCCUUAUAAGUGCUGUGGCGGCCUCUUCUACUAUCAUAGGCGCGGUGUUUGUUGAGUGGGAGAGCGUCAAGGGCAAAGCUGUUCAGCCCAGCAUGGUGUAA